GAGGAGCUAAGCACAGAAGGGUGCGGUUUGGAAGGUGUUCUCCUCUUAGAUGAGCUAAGACUACUGAGUUCUUAUGAGAAGAAUGGCUCUUAAGAAAUUGAAGGUGAUACCAAAGGAAGGUUACUUAUUACUUUUGGACUUUGAUGAUGAGGACGAUGACAUAAAAGUUUCAGAGGAGGCUCUUUCGGAAGUAAAGAGCCCAGCAUUUGAUAAAAAUGAGAAUAUAUCGCCUCAAGCAGAAGCAGAUGAAGAUAUGGGAGAUGAAGUAGACAGUAUGUUGGAUAAAUCUGAAGAUGACAUUUAUAAGACGCUUCACAUAAAGAGAAAAUGGAUGGAAACUUAUGUCAAAGAAUCUUUCAAAUGCAGCAACCAGAAAUUAGAAAGAUUUUGCAAAACGAACGAACGAGAGAGGAAGAACAUCAACAACAAAUUUUGUGAGCAGUAUAUAACUACAUUUCAGAAGUCUGAUAUGGAUGUACAGAAAUUCAAUGAAGAAAAAGAAAAAUCAGUGAAUAGUUGUCAAAAAGAACAACAAGCAUUGAAACUGUCCAAAUGUAGUCAGAACCAGACCCUGGAAGCAGUUAAAGAAAUGCAUGAGAAGUCCAUGGAGGUUUUGAUGAACUUGGGGACCAAGAACUAAGAUAUGCUUUUUGGUGUAGAUGGUGAACUGAGAAAAAAAAAUGUCUAUGUUUGAAAGAGCCAUCAUGGAGAAUAAUCUGAAGUACUCUUCUACUUUCCCAUCUUCAGAAAAAUGAAGCAUGAAAAAUUUUCACUUGCUGGUAUAUAUAUAAAACAAAUAAAAAAAUCUCUAACUUUUUUGUUUCCUAUGAAA